UUCAGACAUCGUAGAUCAAAAAGAACCAUUCCUAGAUCGAGAGAGAACCAAGGAAUUGAUUAGUUUUAUUUAAACUGACACUUUAAUUAAACACUGCUUAAGAGAAUUAGUUAUAAAAACGGUUAAGGAAGUGACAUCUGAAGUUAAUCAACUUGACAAGUGUUUGAAAGUUUUUUUGAAAAAAUACUUGAACGGAAAAAGAAUUUCAUAUAAAUUUUUUAAGGGGUUGAAGUGUUUUAUCCCGAAAAAUUUGAACAAAAAACGAUUGUAUUACAGGUGAACAAAAUCCGCAUAUUGAAUAUACAUUCUUUGUUUUUGUUCAGUACUGUAAGAAGUUUGGUUAAAUAGUCAAUGGCUAAUAAAAUGUAUGAUCAUGACGAAUCCGAAGAUUACAUAUCAGAUAGUGAAGAGGAUAUAAAAAAUUUUUUAUCAAAAAGUAUUAUUUCCGAUUCAGAUGAUGAAGGACUGUUAAACUCUGGAAAUGCCUCUAACUCACAUAAAAGAAAUUUGAUACUAUCUGACGAUAGCAGUGUAGAAACUCCACACAUAAAUAGGAACCUGCCAAUAAAUAUUGAUUGUGAUGAAUCGAUAUUUAUUGUUCAUCGAUCUAAAAAUUUGAACAAAAUCCUGGAUUCAGAUUCAGAAAAUAGUUCAACUAAGGAAAAUCCUGUAGACUCAUCAAUCGAUCUACAGAAAACAAAUGAAAAUGACGUGAUAUCUAGUGAUUCUGAAGAUAAACAGUUCAUUGGUAACAGAAUAAAUAUAAGGCAAGAUAUUUUCUCUACAAGUAUAAAUAAUUCGGAAUCUUCUGAAGAUGAAAAACCUACUGAUACUGCUGGACCUUCAAGUAAAUGUAGGAUAUCUCAGGAUUUUAAGCAAAAAAAGUUAUUAAGUAGUACUAUUAUGGAUUUUGGAAGCCCAUCAGGCACUCCAGUAAAUAAGGAAGGAAAAAGGAUAUUGAAUAAAUCAAUAGAAACACCAAGGCAGAUUAAGCAUAUGAAAGAAAUGAUUCCCAGUACUGAAAGACAAAGAUCAUUCAAUUCUCCAAAAGCCACUACUUCCAGGACAGUAAGCAAAAUAAUAAUAUCUGAUGAUGAAAGUGAUAUAAUUGAUGUGAGUGAUGGGUCUAUUACUAAUACAAUUAAGAAUAGUAGGCAGCCAACAAUUCCUGAAUUAUUGAAAAAGAGGCCAAUAGCUGCAGAAAAAAACAUAACAAAUUGUAUAGAGGUUUCUCCUGAGCAGUAUCAGCAACAAGAAGAGAAGAUACAAAGAUUAGGUUCAGAAUUACAAAGAACUGCAGAUCUAAUAGAAAGUAUUAAUUUAGAGUUUCUGCCGGAUAAGGGCGUUUCUUUAAAAAAUAGACAAGUGGAAUUAGAAGCAAAGCAUUUAGAAGAAGUACAGAUACUUUCCAAUAUGAAAAUAUCAGCUCAGACUGAGCCACAAAUCUCAUCAUGGAAGGAAAUUGAGGCUGGAGCUGUAAAAGUUCAACCAAAGACUUUUGGAAGAAAAGCAAUGUCAACCUAUAAUGCUCAAAAAUCGUUGACAAUCGAUAGAUUACAACAGUUACAUGGUUCUUUAGCAUCUUGUCCAAAAGAAAAUGACUUGGCUGAACCUCCAAAAGGUUUAAAAGUAGAUCUAAUGCCACAUCAACUUAGAGCACUCUCUUGGCUUAUGUGGCGUGAGAAACAAAAACCUUCUGGAGGUAUCUUAGCAGAUGACAUGGGCCUUGGGAAAACAUUGACCAUGCUGUCUCUAAUGUUGAAAUGCAAUGAAAUGAAAGAGGAACAUUCUGAUCAAGAAGACAAUCAAGAGCAAGAGCCAAAUAAGAAACAACAAUAUAAGGGAGGUACAUUAGUGGUCUGUCCAGCUAGCCUUCUAAACCAGUGGUCUGAAGAAUUAGAGAGAAGGACAAAGAGAGGCUUAGCCUCUUGUGAACUUUACCAUGGACCAAAAAGAGAAACAAAACCAAAAAUAUUAACCAAAUAUGACUUAGUAAUAACUACAUACAGUAUUGUUAAUAAUGAAAACGAAAAAAACGGUGCUAUUUUUAGAAUAAAUUGGAGAAGAAUCAUUUUAGAUGAAGCUCAUCAAGUCAGAAAUUACAAAUCUCUCACAUCUGCUGCUGUUUGUAGAUUAACUGGAAUAUCCAGAUGGGCAUUAACUGGAACUCCAAUUCAGAAUAAAGAAUUGGAUAUGUAUGCAUUGUUAAAAUUUUUAAGAUGUUCACCAUUUGAUGAUUUAGUUGUAUGGAAGAGAUGGGUUGGAGAUAAAACUACUGGAGGGACUGAACGCUUACAUAUGGUCAUAUCGUCCCUUAUGUUAAGAAGAACAAAACCUGAACUAAUUGAAAAGGGACUAUUGAAUAGUAUGCCAGAACGCAAACAUAAAGUUGUACCUGUUGAUUUAACUAAGAGUGAACGAAGUGUUUAUAGCAAAAUAUUAAUAUUUUCUCGUACACUUUUUGCCCAAUUUUUACAUCAAAGAGCUGAAAGAAAUCAGGAUGCCAGAGAGUAUGAAGAAACUCCAGAAUCUACACCUAACCAGGAAUAUUUUACAAUGAGACAAAAAUUAUUAAGACUGAAUAAAUUGAAGGACAUAAAACAACAUGAGAUUUUAGUUUUACUUCUUCGAUUAAGGCAAGUUUGCAAUCAUCCUUCUCUUAUAACGAGUAUGCUUGAUGAGAAUAUGGAAUUUUUGGGAGAUGAUGACAGUCAGUCAGAUAAUGCUGGAGCUAUGGACUUUCUUGACCAACUGAACAAUUUAACUAUUGAUGAUAAACAAGAAGAUGAACCUAACAGAACAUCAGAUUCAGGAGCAUCUGCAGAAGAAGGUUCAGCUUUGAGAGAUGUUGUGAAAAACGUUUUACAUCCUUCUGAUCCUAUAUUCUGUAAGACUAAUAUGAGUAGCAAAAUAAAAAUGGCCAUAAAAAUUCUAAAAAAUGAUGUCUUGUCCAAUAACGAUAAAGCUGUGAUAGUGUCACAAUGGCCUUCAUUUCUGAAUCUCAUUGGGUACCACUUAAAAGAGGAGCAUAUACAUUUUGAACAGUUAGAUGGCAGUGUUCCUGUUAUCAAAAGGAUGACUAUGGUUGACAGGUUCAAUGACCCCAAAGACAAAAUUCGGAUAUUAUUAUUGUCUUUAACUGCUGGGGGAGUUGGUUUAAACUUAGUUGGAGCAAAUCAUUUGUUUCUAUUGGAUCUCCAUUGGAAUCCACAAUUAGAAAACCAGGCGCAGGAUCGAAUUUACAGGGUUGGUCAAUUGAAACCAGUAUUUGUGUACAAAUUAAUGGCGACAGAUACUAUUGAAAAAAGAAUUUUGGAUUUACAAGUAAAGAAAUUAGAAAUUGCUAAUUCGAUGUUAACUGGAUCUGUUCAAGUCAAUAGAAAUAAAUUAACAUUACAAGAUUUGAAAAUGUUAUUUGAUAUGUAAAAAUUCUCAACUAUUAUUUAUUUUUUUAAGUUAUAUUUUGAUUUAUUUUAUUGUUAUAACUAUUUUUGUAUCUGUACAUGUUUUGUUAAUAAAAAUUUAUUUUACAA